UGCUUGAGAUUAAAGAGUAAAGACGCACGCGAACUCUAGGUCACCCUAGGCGUCUACGCGAUCUAAAGACUGAAAGUGAAAUCCCUCACACCCUCGGCUACCACGCCUCGACCAGUUGCUCUACUUGUCCCUCGCCGGCUCGUCGAACGGAAUUUGUUUUGAAGACUGAAGUUUCCUGAGAUUAGCCAUUCAUAAUAGCCCGCAGCCCGGCACCCGCUCCGCACCGUCAACUACGGCGAUUACUUACCCUAGUUUCUAGGGCGUAGGCUGUUGAAGGGUCAAAUAUGGCAGAACUGAGCUUGGGUAUUCUUAUUGAUAUUGUUGAUGAGGAAUGGAUGAGGGAUACACUCCCUGAUGACGACCUUCCUCUACCUCCAACACUGAUAGUUCGGACGGACGAUACUGAGGACUCAAAUCAGGAGACUCAACAAGUUAAUGCGGAUGCUUGGCAUGAGCUUGCCAUGGGCCCAGAAUAGAAACCGUAUUUGUCAAUGAGUAUCAUUCUUCGUAGUAAGUAGAUGGUGUUUUCUGUGUUUUGUGUCAUAUCAUCCAUUUUGUACUUUUAUCAAGUCUCAUGUUGAACUCCUAGAUUUUGUUUUGUCAUCUACAUUGUGUAAUUAGAAAAGGAAUGUUUAUGAGAUAUCGACUUUUAGAUUA